AGAAAUACUUAAUUUUAAUCUAAAAAUCGAAUGUAAUUCUUAUUAAUUUUUUGUUGAAAAAUUUAAAUAAAUGUAUAUUAUGUAAUAUUUAUGUUUUCAGUGUUUCUAUGUUACUAUUCUACAUUUUUCCAGUACUAUGAUGGGCGAUGUGACUGCUGAAAGUCCUCCUACUGAUGAAUUAAACAACUCUGGUUCUUCUUCGUCUUCAUCUUCUGAUUCUGACGGUGAAUCCAGUAGCUCAUGUUCUAGUUCUAGUUCUUCUUCGUGUUCUGAAACACCUAACAGACAAUGCAACAGUUCUAAUUUUUCUGAAUAUGAUGAAAACACUCCACAGACGAAUGGUCAAUCAGAAUGGAUUGUUUGUCAGCUUUGUCUGCACAAGGUGAAAACACCUUUACAAUUAAAACAACACAUGCGUAUGCACACUGAACAUAAAGUACAUCGCUGUGCUAUAUGUAAUAAAACCUUUGAACAAGCCACUCGAUUAGAAAAACAUAUAACUAUACAUUGUGGCACAGAUUCCAGAUUUGAAUGUGCACUUUGUGGCAAAGUAUAUAAACUGCGAACACAAAUUGUCAGCCAUAUAGCUGCUCAUAAAAAACAAAAUUCUGGACGCCGUAUAUCUUAUACUUGUCAUUUGUGCACAAAAAAAUUUUCAAACAAGUCAAAACUGAAAGAACAUGUGUUAGGUCAUGAAAAUGGAACAUUACAUUCAUGUGAUGUCUGUGGACGUACUUUUAAACUAAAUUCAUAUCUUGUUGUACACAAAAGAACACAUGAGAUGAAUGUCUCUUAUACAGGAGAUAAACCAUUCACAUGUACAUUGUGCAACAAGGCAUUUUUGAGUAAAAGUAACCUAGACCUACACAUGUUAGUGCACAAUUAUGUUAAAAAAGCAUCUUUUAGCUGUGACAUAUGUGGAAAAAUAUUUAUGCGUAAAUAUAAUUAUGAUGCUCAUACUAAAAUACAUCAAUAAUCAGUAAGUUUAUUCUAUUAAGCUGAUAAUAGCAGUUCAAACAACAAUUUGCAUGUGCACUUCGCCUUCAUUAUUCAUAAAUUGAAUGGUUUUGUAAAUUUGUAUUAUGAUACCAGAUACAUAUAUUUUACAUAUUAGUUUUAAUAAUGCAUUUUUGAACUAACUUUGAAGCAUUUUCUUAUAAUUCGUACAAAGUUAAAAUUAAAUUAAAUAAUCAAUUAUUUUUUUAACU